AUGUCGCUGUGCACCUCCAUGGUCAAGUCCAAGUUCCUCGACAAGCCUGAGGACAUUGGCGUUGUCGUUGCUGGCUUCUCUGGUGGUCAGCGCAAGGCAGGUGUCGACCACGGCCCCCAGGCUCUCAUCGACGCCGGUCUCCUGACCUCGCUGCGCGCCGAGCUCGGCUACACCCUCCACGGCGACGACAAGGUCCACUCGUACGAGGACAUCAUCCCCGCCGACGAUGCGCCCGUCCGCAACAUGAAGAACCCGCGCAUCGCCGUCGGCACCAUUGGCGGCUCGGCGCGCGCCACGCGCGAGCGUCUCGGCCGCGAGAUCGCCGUCAUCUGGGUCGACGCCCACGCCGACAUCAACACGCCCGAGACGUCGGACAGCGGCAACAUCACGGCAUGCCCGUGGCGUUUGUCACGGGCCUCGCCAAGGAGGCGGAAGCGCGACUGCUUCGGCUGGCUCCAGGACGAGAACAUGCUGAGCCUCAAGAAGCUCGUGUACAUUGGGCUGCGCGACGUCGACGCCGGCGAGAAGAGGAUCCUGCGCGAGAACGGCGUCAAGGCGUUCAGCAUGCACGACGUCGACCGCCACGGCAUCGGCAAGGUCAUGGACAUGGCGCUCGCGCACAUUGGCACCGACACGCCCAUCCACCUGUCGUUCGACGUCGACGCGCUCGACCCCCAGUGGGCGCCCAGCACCGGCACGCCCGUGCGCGGCGGCCUGACGCUGCGCGAGGGGGACUACAUCUGCGAGUGCGUGCACGAGACGGGCAGCCUCAUCGCCGUCGACCUCGUCGAGGUCAACCCGGCGCUCGCCGACACGGAGAUUGGCGCCGCCGAGACCAUCAGGGCCGGCUGCUCCCUCGUGCGUUGCGCCCUGGGCGAGUCGCUGCUGUGA